GCCGCGCAAGCGCGGAAGAUUCGACAAGCCCGUCGCUAUGGAACCGGACGGGACCUACGAGCCGGGCUUCGUGGGUAUUCGAUUCUGCCAGGAAUGUAAUAACAUGCUGUACCCCAAGGAGGACAAGGAGAACCGCAUUCUGCUGUACGCGUGCCGCAAUUGCGAUUACCAGCAGGAAGCUGACAACAGCUGCAUCUACGUCAACAAAAUCACGCACGAAGUGGACGAGCUGACCCAGAUCAUCGCAGACGUGUCUCAGGACCCCACGCUACCUCGGACGGAGGACCACCCUUGCCAGAAGUGUGGCCACAAGGAGGCAGUGUUCUUCCAGUCACACAGUGCCCGAGCUGAGGACGCCAUGCGCCUGUACUACGUAUGCACCGCCCCACACUGCGGCCACCGCUGGACUGAAUGACCCUUUCCCACCUAUAAUAAAUGCCAGUUUUU